ACCACCACCACCACAUCCGGCAACUUCGCCACCCUCCGACUUUCAACAACCCACUCAACAACCUAUCAACAAUGUCUGGCCGUGGCAAAGGUGGCAAGGGUCUUGGCAAGGGCGGCGCUAAGCGUCAUCGCAAGAUUCUUCGUGACAACAUCCAGGGUAUUACCAAGCCCGCUAUCCGCCGUCUCGCUCGUCGUGGUGGUGUAAAGCGUAUCUCGGGUCUCAUCUACGAAGAGACUCGUGGUGUUCUCAAGAUCUUCCUUGAGAACGUCAUCCGUGACUCUGUCACCUACUGCGAACACGCCAAGCGCAAGACUGUCACCGCUCUUGAUGUUGUCUAUGCUCUCAAGCGGUCAGGCCGCACGCUCUACGGUUUCGGCCAGUAGAUGCUACUUUCUUCCUCAGUUCCCUUCUCUCGUUUGUACCAUUUCUGUAAUCCUCGGAUUGAAUUGCCGGAGCUAUACAUACAUGUUAACCUAUGGUGAUACAGUAUGACUAUGACCUGAGCGUGUAAACAUCUGUUUGCGUAGGCCUA